AUGAAAUCAGUAGGGGCACAGCCUAAGGAAGAACACAGAGUGGAGUCAGGAGAAGAAUUGCACACAAAACAUGUUGUCGCCGAUCAGGUCCGUUUACUAUAUUUUUACUCUGAAACUCGACUUUUUAUGAAUGAUCUCAAACGAAUUCACACAUUUAAUGCUCAUUUCAUUGUUUUGACAUGACGAGGUAGAUCGAAAUCUACUGUGUAAAUGGAGAUGCAUCAAUCAUGCAGUUUCUAACGCAAUUUGGUAUCCACUGUAGUGAUAUUUUGUCUUAUUUCAAAAUUUUAGGUUUCCACGUACGAGGAUCCGGCCACUAAGUUUCCAGAUAGAUCUGGGCCGUUAAGCGAAGUUCAUGAAGGAUAUAAUCUAAGCACAAAGUCCAAAAUGGCUAUCAACGCCAGCGUACUUCCUAAUGCCGUUGAAAAACAGGCUGAUGAACUCCUAAAGAACAUGAUCAUUGAAGGUGUGGAUGCUGAUAGUGCAUACAUCGAGAAAGGAUCCACGAUAACCGCAGAUGUGUGGGAUUUUGCGGGUCAACAUGUGUACUAUGCUGCUCACCCGGUAUUUCUUUCGUCAAGAGCUGUGUACAUCGUCGUUCACAACCUCAGCAAGCCACUGAAUGCCCGAGCUCAGCCAUAUGCCAGACAGGGAACUCAUGAAGUAACUUUGGAGAACCCGAGCAAUGAGACAAAUCUAGAGAAUCUGCUGUCGUGGCUUGUGACAGUUCAUAAUAUGAGACCAACUGAAGAAGAAAUGGUUGAAACGCCUAACGUGCUGCCCUAUCUCCGACCUCCAGUGUUCAUCGUCGGCACCCAUGCUGACGAGCCACGCGAAGAUACCAAGGAUGUUACAUCCAAGAUAAUUCGUGAGCUUUCCAGUAAGGAAUAUGGAAAACAUGUGAUCCGACCAUUUUUCUACAUUGAUAACACUCAAGGAGACAAAUCAUUCAGACGGAAAUUGCGGAAUUUCUUUAAAUUUCAAAGAAAUCGUCAAGCAGGUAAAUCAGGUGUUUGGGUUCAACAUAAUGUGUUAAUGUGGUUAAGUUUACUUUGAUUUCUAUGGAGGACAGACAAACUCAUCAUUAGAUAAAGUUGAUUGGAUUCACUGGAGAUUUACCAGUUGCUUUUCCACAUCUUACUGCUAGCAUCCUUUUGUUUCAAUGUGAAUAUUUAUCUACUUUUGAUGUUGGUACCUUUUUAAUGCUUCGAUAAUUCUUUGAUUUUUUUAAUAUGUAUUUUCUCUAUUUUCUUUUCGUUUUUUUUUCUAUUAACAUAGAUUAUAUAUUAAAUAACACAACAAAUGUUCACGCCGACCAAAUUGUCUUCAACUAAUGAAAGUUAUCAUCCAUUGCAAAAAAGUGACUUAAAGUGCUGCAGUAGAAAUAGAACUUUCCGAAUACGAAACUGUUGAUUAUGGUCUUAGUUCACAUCGAACUCGUAUCGAAAGUCCAAGGAGAAAUCUUUGCCCCUCCCUGGCUUCUCUCACAAGCACUAAUUGUUUCGCAUAAUUUAUAAUUGAAAGGUCAAGAAGGAGACAAUGAUGGCACUAGUGCCGAGGGAAUUCAUGCUCUUCGAGCGAGAAUCCUGGAAGUAAUUCGAAAGGAACCUUACAUGGGAGAGAAGAUACCAGUGAGGUGAAGUAUGAUGUGUAAUGAUAUAAGCACAAGAGAUGUUCAGCUCAUUUUUUUCUCUAACAACAGCUGUACUGAAACUUACGAAUGGCUUUCACAGCUGGUUUCGCUUCUUGUUGAGUUCGCUACGUUGAAGUUCGCUACAUGUGCGCUACUUAUAUGCUGAAUUCGCUGCUUACUUCAUUCUACCAUUUUAUGCUUACACUAUGAGCAUAUUUUACCAAUUUCCACAACGAUUUAUGCAUACCUUUUUGUAAGUUAGGACUAAUUACAAAUUUUUUUAUAUUUCUAGAUGGUUUAACUUCGAAAAGGUCAUUGAAGCUUUGGUAGCUGAGAAUGUAUACCACUCAAAUACUGUCCAUCUUCAAACCUAUGCCAAGGAUGUAUGUUUUAUAGAAGACGAUGAACAGUUUCACACCAUGUUGAAUUUCUAUCACGACUUAGGUUUGAUUGUGAAACACCGCAGUACAGUCAUUCUGAAGGCACAGUGGUUAAUCAGUCUAUUCAAGAAGCUUAUAACCAUACCAGCAUUCAAAAAAGCGGUAGGAAAAGAUAAUCUUCUAUGCAUCGAGAUGAUUGCAGAUCGUAGGCAGGAUUUUUUACCAUCCCCCAACUUGCGCUUGACGAAAAAAUGUUAAUUUAAUUGACUGUUUGUCCGUUUGUUUUUUCACGUUGUUUACACCCCUUACAACAUUUUGAGUUUUCUCCAUAACUUUCAUGUGUCUCUCACUCUCCCUCAUUUCAAUAUUGACAAAAUGGUCACUAAUUUAUUACGACAUCGUUUGAGGGUGGGGAGGUAAGGGGGAAAUUCAAUAAACUAAUUAGAGAUGAAUAACAAGAUUUUUCUUAUUAUAUUGACUCAUUUCGGGAGGCUUGCCAACUACAUUUUACCACUCAUUGAACCCUUAGUAAUGAGGAAAGGAGAGAUGUUUUUGGUCCGCUGCAAAUUAAAUGGGGCAUUUUUAAAGAAAAAUUGGUAGACUGAACUUAUUUCAAAUAGGGAAUUUGUGGUUUCAGGAUCCUGUGCAUUCCAAGUACUGGCUGCAACUCGAGACAAGUGGUGUCCUUACGAUGGAGCUUGUUGAUCACGUUUUUUCCCCUCUUAUUGAGCAAGGCGUUAUCAAGGAAGACAUCUUGGACAUGAUGGAGCAGUUUUGUUUGAUUGCCAAAUACUCGCCAUCCCCGGCUGACGUUUAUUACUUUGUGCCAUGUCAACUGAGGUCCUCACCUGAAGAGCUUUGUAAAAUGGAACCAUCAUCUACGGAUCCUUGUCCUUUGUAUCUUCAUUUCCAAGAAGGCUUUGUUCCGCAUGGUCUUUUUACUCGCCUUGUUUCAAAAUCGGUUGCUUGGUGUGGUGCAAAUGGAUCGUCACAGCCUCCAAAACUCUACCAGAAUGGUGCAUGGUUCAUUCUUGAAGAACGCGUCAUACAUGACAUGAUUAUGAUUUGCAAAAAGAAGUUCAUAAAAAUCCUCUUGAGACAAAGAAUUAAGAGGAACGUAGUUGCAGUUUCUAAUGCAACUUUAGUAGAGGUUGCUAGAAAUGUGCGAUUGUUUAUGGAGAGCACUUUAGAAAAGAUGUCGCAGGAGUUCCCAUACCUGAGCAGGAUGCAGCAUGAAUUUUGUGUUGAAUGCCCCUACUGUCAGCAAAGUGGUCGCAAGUGCGUAAACCACAACCAAGUGUCCUGUGGAGAAGAAGACUGCUUACACCUGCUUGAAUUAAGACAAGGUCAGGAUUUGAUCUGCAUGGAAAGCAUGUCUAAUAAAGUACUAACAGUUCCUGGACAAGAAAAAUGGUUGUUGUACCAGGUAUGAAGCAUUCUUGGUAUAUCUUUAUAAGUAGUAACGGAAACCAAUUAAGAAGAGAUUAUGAUGGCUGUUAUGCUCAAGUUGUGCGAUGGCAGUCGUAUGAAUCGGAAUACCCAAUUUAGAAAAUAUUUGUACAGAUUGAGAUAUGAUAGUGUCAUAGAUCCUAAAGUGAUUCAGCAAUGGAAAUGCUGUAUGAAGUUGUAUGUUUUGCAAUUGCGUAACUAACUUUUUGGGUGAUUCAAGACAUGUUUGAACGCAUUCAACCAGUUCGUUUCGUUCUGUCUGGUUUAUACUUUCGUGAAGGGAAAGAAGAAGACAAGUUUUCUUUAACAAAAGUAGUUUUUUUCAGUUAAAACAAUUUUUAUAUAUCGUACUUGUAAAAUGACAUACAUUUCCUGUAUAAUGAUGUUUUGAUGUCAUCAUCCAAAAGGAUUUGGCUCCGUCAGUGACAAGAACCUCACAAGUUGCAUCAGUAGGUGGUCACCCAGCAAAGUGCGACAAAACUUUGAAAGUUACUCUUCUGGCCAGUGAGUGGAAUUCAUCAAGGGGGGGUUUGUCCACCAUCAACAGACACCUUGCCAUCCUUAUGGCCAAACGUAGCGAGGUGCAAGUCACUCUCUUGGUCCCACAAUUUGCUUGUUCUGAAGAAGAGAAGAGAGCUGCAGAAAGUCACAAGAUUGUCAUCAAAGAAGCAGAGAGACGUCCAGGCUAUGACCCUCUUGACUGGUUGAGCUUCCCUCCGGAAGACCUGAUAAUUGACGUGGUUGUGGGUCAUGGAGCCAAGUUAGGUAAGCAAGCCCAAAUCAUCAGGAAGUACCAUAGUUGCCAGUGGGUACAAGUAGUGCAUACUGCGCCUGAAGAGCUCGGAAUGUUCAAAACCUAUCCGAGAGCCAUUGCCAGAGGAGAAGAGAAGACUACAGCCGAAGUAGAUUUGUGUAAAUUGGCAAAUCUAGUUGUUCCGGUGGGACCCAAGUUGACGGAAGCCUACUCUGCCUAUCUUCGCUCAUGUGAAAAGCAGCAAGAUAUUAUGUCGUUCACUCCUGGUACAUUCAAAGAGUUUUCUACUCUAAAUCAAGCCUCAGUUGACUCUGAAAAGUUUAGGGUGUUGACCUUUGGUCGUGGUGACCCUGAGGACUUCGGUCUUAAAGGGUAUGAUAUCGCUGCUAAAGCAGUGGUUGAGCUGAAAGACAACUCCUACCAUUUGAUCUUUGUGGGUGCACCUGAUGACAAACAGGAGGCAGUUACGGAAAAUUUGUUGCAGAAUGGUAUUUCUAAACGUCAGCUGACAGUGAGAAGGUUUUUGCAAAGCAAAGAGAAAUUGAAAGAUUGUUUUUGUGAAGUUGAUCUCUGUAUCAUGCCAUCCCGCACGGAAGGGUUCGGCUUAACCGCGUUGGAAGCCUUGUCAGCUGGUCUUCCCAUUCUUGUAAGUGGAAACUCAGGUUUCGGAGACGCUCUGCGCUCUGUACCAUCCGGCAAAUCUUUUGUGGUUGAUUCUGAGGACCCCAAGGUGUGGGCUGAGGCAAUUGCUGUUGUCCGAAAGAAGAAGAGACCAGAGCGUCUUAAAGAGAUUGAACGACUGAGAGCAUCUUAUGAGGAGCAGUUCAGCUGGAAGAAACAAUGUGACCUUCUUGUUGAUAAGAUGUGGGACAAAGUUGAUGGCGCAGGUAUGUUGAUGAUUUUUCUAUUUCUUUCCGUAGACUUGUCUUUGGUUGUGGUAUUCCAAAUUUAUCCUGUCAUUGACGUGAAUACAUCUUGUACCUCGAAGUAGGUUUUUAUAAUAUAAUAUGAAAGAGAAUUUGUAAGUUUUGGUGUAAGUCACCAAUGUUCGCCAAAAAGGAAAUGGUUUGUACAAACUGAUAAGAGUGAAUAGGAAAAAGCAAAAGAAAUGAACCUGUAAAACCACUUUUACCCAUCCCAAGUUUCAUGAUCUUUUUUGAUGUGAGUGUAUUCCAAAAAGUUAAUGUUUUAGUGGGACAAAUGUAACAUUUUGUCAUAAGGUCAGGUCAAAAGUCAUCUGCUCCGGUUAUUUACAAGCAAUUAUUGCUUUCUUUGCGACAUAAUUACUUUUUUAACGAAAAAAAGGAAAAACGUAGCAAUGAAGAAUGUUAAAUGACAAGUCUAGAAUAUUACCCGCGACGUUUUAUCCCAAUACUGUUUCCCAUUCUCAAAUGAAAAGACAGUGUUUGGUAAAUAUAUAUCAAGUCAUUGGCCUGUCUUCCGAAGGACUUGACUGAGAACUCCUCGUACUUUUUAAUUUUUAAAGUCUUCCCUUGCAGCUAAAAGAAGAGCAAUUUGUGUUCUCAUGAAAUAUUUUUCCCUACAUGAUCCUGCUGAUAAGGAAAGAUCUCGUUCAUUUGAGGGCACCGCCCUUCAUAAAAAAGAGAUCUGAGUACCCGAUUGGAUAAGUGUCGCUCUCACCCCUGAUUUGGGCGGAUAUUUCUUCACUAACAGUGAGUUCGGGCCGAGUCAGAUCAUAUACAAGUUUCACGCAGCUUGCCAUGGCGAUACCGAUGGAGUUCUCAGUGGGUUAAAAAAUAUUCACGGUGAACUGAAAAUUCUGUCUUUUAUGUGAUUUUUUCUUUGUCAUAACUGAAACCUUCCCUUCCAUCUACAUUGUAUGAUUCAAGGAAAUUCACCAAAAAUUAUUUUGGUUCUAGGGCUGCUUGAACGAACUAUUCAGAAUCUUCAGCGGAUGCAACUCUGCGCAAGCACGGUUAACAACAGCACUACCUUGACAGAAGAGUUAACGACGAUUGUAUCAGAUAAGGGCCUCAGAAUUUCUGACAAUCAAGGGUCAGGAAACUGUAUGUUCCAUGCCUUGUCAGAACAACUAGAAAUCGUAAAAGGAAUCAAAAUCCAAUAUGGCCAGUUGAGACAGUCUUUAGUUCAGUACCUCAUGGAAAACCCAAAACUGGUGAGUUGCUGUAAUUCUCAUAAAGAAAAAGAACUAGAGGUUGAUCAGUAGUUUUGGCUACUGUGUUUCUUUCUCUCUCCGUUACUUGAAGUGCUACUCGUCCUUGCAAGGAUACUAGUCCCUUUCACACCAGAUUUCUUCAAGCAUUUUUUGAGGUUGGCCUGACAAUUGUUCCACAACUUUUAUACUCGUGGAGAGAGGCACUUUGACAGUGAGGUGUCUUCUCCUAAAGCACGAUAAUAAAGUCACUCUAAAUAGGAUUUUGUCGAAAGCUGUUAUAGUGGAUUUCAGUACCUCAAGCGGUAGGCAACGUAGUCUCUGCUCACUUUCUCAUCUAAUUCAAAUGGACUCUCUGGUAGAGUGUUGUACUUAGUUAUGUAAGUCGCAAGCUUGGAAAAAUAUUUAUUUCAGAAUCAAUUCAGCAUCAAUGAGCUACCGUCAGUUUAGCAUGGCUCUGAAUAAGGCGAAAUGUGUUUUGAAGUCCUUCAUACUAGUCUAAAAGAUGUUCUUCCUACACAGAAUGUUUUGGUUUUCUCUAUUUAUUGACUUAGUUUACAUUGUACUCGCAUAGUCGCAUUUGUUUAAAUUCUCAUUUUUUAGAGUUGUGAUGGUACCUAUGAAAGGCUCAAUGUUUAAUUGUAAUAUGUUAAUGGCGAGUCUGUCUGUCACUGAAUGGGUCAGCGAUCAUAUUGAGACGCAACCGCCGCUGCCCAUUUAGAUUCUUGUGGUGGGACAGUUAGGUGAUGUUUGUUUUAGCUUUUGCUGUUUGCCCACCGCGUUGAAAGCGUUAAAAAAGUUUUCACUGACGUUUCCACUGUAAAGAAGUUGUUUUCUCGGGAGAUUUCCUUGAAUUAUGCUCGACCCUUUUCGAAUAGCUAUUUGGUAUUCAAGUAUUAAUGGCUGUCUCUUCUUACAGCCGGAUGGAACAGAUCUGUUUCACUUUGUCCAUGGCCAUGAAACAUGGGCUGAUUACUUAGCAUAUAUGGAACAAGAUGGCGCUUGGGGUGAUCACCUCAUUCUCUGUACAGCAGCAAAUCUCUUUAAAACGUGCAUUCAUGUGGUCAGCAGUCUAGACAAUGAUGUAGACAUCAGGCCACAUGAUCCUGUUGAUGAAAGCAAGCCACUAGUACUGGGACAUAUUCAUGAGGUGCACUAUGUCAGUCUUCAACCCAUACAAGGUAAGAAGGGAAAAGCGCACGUCACAUGCCUUUCAAUUUGAUAGUGAUGAAGAUCGAUUAACAUCAGUGGCGAAAUUCGAAAACCUUAUGUUUCUUGCGGAAAGCACCAGCUGCGUCGAAGGGUUAAUCCUGGAACUGUUCACGCUUCUCGAGUCACUACCAUGGUUAGUUUGUUGAUCUUUCUCAGAGAUAACUGUAAGAAUAAAUUAAGCUGUCCACUUUCCUUCUGGUAAAACACACCAGUGUCUUUAGUGACUUGAAACCAUUACUACCGUUUCACGAGUUGUGCAUGAUCAUAAAACAAACUACAAAC